GCGCGCACUUUCUGCUGUGUGUUGGUGUGUCACUGUGCUAUCAGGCUAAUCUCAGCUGCGCGCUUCUCUUAUUACUAAGUACUAACAUAUUUAUUCCCGUUUCUUUACGUUUGUACUACUUCAAACAACACGGACCAUGGCGGAUCCAAGAAUACGACAAAUAAAAAUCAAGACCGGUGUGGUUAAACGUUUGGCCAAAGAGGAGGUUUUGUACAUAAAGGAGGCAAAGCAGCAGGAAGAGAAGAUUGAGCGUCUCAAGGCGGAGGCAGGAGACGAGUAUGUAAUCAAGAAACAGGUGGAGGUGUUGCAAGAGGCAAGAAUGAUGAUCCCAGACUGCCAUCGCCGUUUAGCUAUGGCCCACGCUGACCUACAACAACUGUUGGAAACAGAAGAGGAACUGGCCGAAGCGGAAGAAUUCAAGGAGGCCAGAACAGUUUUAGAGUCGGUCAAGCUGGAAGGAUGAUGGACCGUGAGGAACACUGACGUACACUGACAUCCCAACUCUCCAUUCCAUUUCUUCUGAAGCAAGGCGAUGUGUUUACUGGUUGAUUAUGUUUGCAUUUCAUUGAUUUUUGUAUUGAUUCAUAAUUUAAUAGCACCGUUUCCCCUAAGCCUUGUGUGAUCAAAUAUACACUCAUGAAAUAAAGUUUCUUUUUAUUAUUUCAAACCA